GAAGCGGCCGCGAUGGCGCUGGUGCCCUACGAGGAAGGCCGGGCGUUGCAGGGCCUGCGCAGGCCGACGGCCACGUACCGCUUCGCGGGGCGCACCGUCCGCAUCCGGCAGGACUGGGAGCGGCGCGGUGUGGCGGCCGUGGUGUGGGACGCGGCUGUCGUCCUGUCUGCUUAUCUGGAGAUGGGAGGCAUCGAUCUCAGGGAUCGGUCGGUGAUUGAGCUGGGAGCUGGAACUGGAUUGCUGGGAAUAGUGGCCACACUGUUGGGUGCUCGCGUUACCAUCACAGACAGGGAGCCAGCACUAGAAUUCCUGGAGUUGAACGUGUGGGCUAACUUACCUUCUGAACUACACCCAAAGGCUGUGGUGAAGGAACUAACUUGGGGAAAAGACCUAGGCAACUUCUCUCCGGGAGCAUUUGACUUCAUCCUGGGGGCAGACAUCAUUUAUCUCGAAGAAACUUUUGAGGAACUGCUUCAGACAUUGGAGCACCUGUGCUCAGAGCAAACUGUGAUUCUUCUUUCCUGCCGUAUCCGCUAUGAACGGGAUAGCAACUUCUUGAAGAUGCUGAAAGGCCGUUUCUCUGUAAAUGAGGUCCACUAUGAUUACACUGCUUUUACAAUCAGCAACCUUUCUGAGAGCAGGCAGAAAAGAUCAGCCUUGGCUGCUUCUAGACUCAGGAGUGAACCACACCAGCUGUGUAGGGCAGGAGGACAGGAGCAAUGGCCCCAUUGGACAAAGAGCUUCAAGGUGCCUCAGCACCAGAAGUAUCAGGUUUACUGGAUGAUGUACUGACUGCAGAGGGACCUGUGUUACCUGAUUCCUUCAGUGUGAAGUUCAAGACAAACUGCAUUUUUAUCUUACAAACUAACCUGCCUGGGAUUCCCCUCAUUGCAGAGAUGUGGAUUUUGUGAACAAAUAUAGGAACAGCACUAUGAAAGUGCUUAGUUAUGAAAACCACAAAAUCCCACUCAUAAUGAGUCGACCUUUCUUCUUUCCCUUGGUGCAUUGCAUCAGUGAUGGAUUUGUUCUGGCUUUUGUCCCGUGGUUUGAUCCAACCUUGCAGAUUACAUAAUCAAUUUGUGAUCUUUGUAAUGUUUGCUGCCUUCUCUUCUGUUCUCAAAAUCAGCAGUACAUGGCUUAAGAGGAAUGCUUGAAAGUGGGAAAGAUAGCAUAUUUAAACUGUGAAAGGAAAAAAAUCUUUCACACAUUAUUAAACAGAACUAAGUACCACCAAAACAGAUACAAGAAAGGAAGUUUAAAAAUAAGUAUCAGAAGUGGAAGAUUGGAACUUUGGAAGAAUGCAACUUUGUCUUCAGGAUUUACCCUCUAAUUAAUUCAAAUUGAUUGAGAUUUUAAAAGCACUCUGUUUGGGAAAAUACUCAUGAAUACUUACAGCACACCAUGUCAUGAGGAUACCAUCGACUGCUUAAAAUGUGCCCUUUCCUGCAUUCCUAUCUAGCUCUGCCUCUCGAUUAGUGCAAAGGGAAAAUCCUGCUCAAAAAAGAGACUUUUUAGAGUUUUUUAAAGCAUGUUUAUGUGACUGCACAUAAAUGUUUGUGUAAAAAGGGAGUUAUGACAGUUUAUACCACAAAGGUUACAGUAAGAAAAAGCACGUCUUUAUGACAAUAAUUCACAAAUUCACAAGAAUCACUUUAAUAUACAAAGCAAUUACUACCAUUCUGAAAACAUAAAGCAGCUAAUAUGUACAUAGUGUUAAUAAAAUGCAUUAUAACCCAGUACAGCUUUUUUUUUUUUCCUUUUUUUUAAACACAGAUAAAGCACAAAAAAAUAAGUAAAAAAAAUAAACACAACAGGGAUGUUUCUAGAUCUUUGGGGAAAGGUAAAAAAAGGAUUCAUUUUCCCCCAACAAUGGAUUUUCUUUCAGUCUUUUAACUUCCACAGGUACGUGGGAGUUGAGCUCAAAUACCCUGUUCUGUGCUAACAUGGUUUGGGUAAAGAACCAGAAAUGCAGAUGAGGUGAACUUGCCCUUUCCAGCAUACAUUACAAAGGGAGAACAAUAACUCUUGCUCUGGAAGCUUCCCUGAAAAACACUGUUCCAAAACAAUUUUAAAUUAUAAAUCCAGACAACCAGAAACUCAUUUUUGAAGUGAACAACUGAUCUGUGGACAAGCCUGUGGAGGGGCUGGCUGCCAACGAGCACCUCUUUUUGCCCUGUUCCCCAUCGCAUCCAUAGAAGUCCAUAUCAGCAGCACAGCAUUAAAUCCCAUACAAAGUCGCAGUUCAGAAUUUUUAAACUUUAUGUUUUAAUAUAAAUAAAUGUUAUUACACACACACACACACAAAAAAAAAAAAUGGAGUGGCACCUGGAUAAAACACAGCUUGUGGAGAGCAUCCAUUUACCCUCAGUUCUUAACGGUGGCCAUUUCCAGACAACUGACCAGCUCAAGACCUUCCCCUUGCUCUCACUCAGCUAUUCCCUAAUUUAGAGAAACAGAUUGCUGAAGCUGAGACUGAGUGAACUGACUGCUCCCAAGCAAUGAGAACAGCAAGUGCUCAGCUCACGGAGGAGCGCUAACCAUGGAUCACUAUGGCUGCUCCCUGACCCUUUCCCUGUCAGCACACAGCUCCCAGGGACAGCUGGCUUUCCUCCUCCUUGUUGGUGAAAGUGAGACCUAGACUCACUGCCGUGGACCACAGGCCAAGAACUGCACUUGUAGCACCAGAACAGGUCGGUGUCUUCAAUUUGUGCUACAAAAAAUAGCCAGAGCAAGUCUCUUUGUAGGACAGAGCUUAAGUACAUGUAAAAAGUACAUUCCAAGACAAAACACUUAAAAUGCAACCCCUCUUACCACCUGGAUCUGGUCCCUUUCCCUAAAAGAUGCACAGAUUUAAGCCAUGUCUAUCCACAAUCCCGAACCUGCCACCAGCACACAGCAGAAAGAACUUCAGCUGAGCUUCACGAUACAUUCAGGUUUCUGCAAAAUCAGUCUUAUCCAGCCAGCAAAUACAAAAGCUCAGGGAAAUGAGUUCCCAGGCACAGUACAUGAGAACCAUGAAAGUACUGUAUGCUUUUAAAACCUGCUUACCGUGACAGAUUUCAGGAUUAUAGCUAACUUAUCAUUUCUGCACAAAUAAGUUAGUUGUGCUUUUUUUUCUUUUAAAGCAAAGUGACACACUGUCAGCAUACCUUUAAUUCCCAGUGUCAAAAAUUUAUAAAGCGUUUUGAUUUAUUUUCUUGGAAUGCAGCUUUUAAAAUGCGCAGCUAAAUCUCAAAUUAAGGGGAAUAAAGAGGCUGAGAAAGAGCUGGGCUUUCUUUCUGAGUUAUCUCCCUUUCUCACCUGGGAUCACUGAACCUGUUCUGUCUAAAAAUAAUGCCACAUCCAUCCUGUACCUACUGCUCUGAGACACCACAUACUUAAUUCUUUGCCAUCUUCAGUACCACCCACUCACAUCUCCUGCCAGUCUGAAGCAGUGCCUGCUGGAAGCCAGGUGCUGAUCAGCAAGUUACACUGGAGAAAGAGCCAACUGCUGUGGGGAGAGGAGUGAAUUGUGUGCAGGCAGCGGGAUCGCAGCAAUUGUGCCCGGGAGCUUCUUAAGCAAACCCAAUUUUUCUUUUUUUUUUUUCUAUGCUUUUUUAUUAUUAUUAUUAUUUUUAUUUAAAAAGUGCACAUUUUAAUUAAACAUUUACAAAGGAUAUCGUGUAACAAAAAUAAAUACAUGACCUUUUGGUUAGAUCAUUGGCAAAUGUGACAUCACUAACCAUCUUCAGGGUAAAAAAUGACAAUAAAAACAGGGUCUUAGAAAACCAAUGACAUCCCCUAUGAAUUGUCAUGCAUUUGCAACCACUGAUAAUGAACUUGCUGUGAUGCAGAGACCAGUCUUUAGCCCACAGAAAGCACUGGCUCUCUGUCUAACACGAUAAAAAGGCAGAGGCUAGUCUUUGCUCAGAUGACUACUUGCAGCUGCUGUCUACUGGAAGCCCAGAUUUAAAAAACAAAACAAGACUGUAGUACAAAUUUUGAUCAGAAACUAUCAGGGCUGUUUUCCUUAUUAAAUCUAACUUUUUUUUUCCUGAGCCUCUUAAUGAUUCCAAACGCCCCUCCGAUUUUCUGAUCAAUGUAAAGUACCAGAGAAGAUAGUGGUCUGCGACACAAACACGACCUACAGAAGAGCCAGAACCUACAGGAGUCUGUACAGUCCUGACAGCGUGACAGGCUACAAUUGUGCUUUCAGAUACAAGCAACUACCUGCUUCUGGUGAAAUCGCUGCUUACAUACAAAUGCACUGCUGCUACUCUAGGAGGAAAACAGAAGUCUUACCAGUGGUUCCUUUAAAAAGCAACACCUCAACAACCAUUCCAAUUGUUUUGCCUUUGAUAUAUAGCUGCCAAAGAGAAAAAGCACAAAAGUGAGUUAUUCUGGGGGGUGGUGGCUGUUGUAAAACAACUGUUUACAUCAUUUCAAAAAUCUCUGUCAAAAAAAAAAAAAAGAUAAAAACAAA